AUGAAUUAUAAUAAUAUACGAAAUAUAGGGAAACGGCGAGAAUCUAUGGCAUCUGUGAGCAAAGAGUAAAUAAAGAUUUAAGAAGAGGAGGCAUCAAAUGUUUAGUUAUUUAUUCUUCAGACAGAGAAAUUAAAGAAAUUAUUGUAGAUUCCAAAAGAAUAUAGAGAUACAAACAUUUUGGCAGAGAUUGCAUCAAUUGCAAAAGUAUGAUAUUAUGUUUAAAUAUCAGUAAAUAGGUUUUUUGAGUAAUUAUAAGGAUAGACCAUUCUUCACUGAUUUAUGUAAACAUCUUUACAUGUAGACAUUUGAACCAAAUUCAUGUAUAUUUAAAUAAGGAGAUGAGGGUGAUAAGUUUUAUGUUAUUUUGAAUGGGAGUGUUAGAGUAUUAAUUGAUUAAGCAACAACUUUAAAAGAUGUUAUGAUAAAGAAAGAGGUAGCUUAAUUAAAAAAGGGAGAAUUCUUUGGAGAGAUGGCAUUAUAAUUUAAUUUAAAAAGAACUGCUACAAUAAUAACUAAUGAAAUAACGGACUUAAUCAUAUUAGAAAAUGAAGCAUUUUAAUAAUUUAUGUUAGCUGAUCAUAUGUAAACAGAAAGAGUUAAAGAAACUAAAAUGUUUUUAGAGAAAUUAGAAAUAUUUUAAGGAUUUAGUAAUAAGAUAAUGGUAAGUUUAAGUACAAAAUGUAUAUAAAGUAGACAUAAACAUUAAACAAUAUUAUUGAAAGCAGAGACUAUUCCUAAUAAAUUAUUUAUAAUUAAAUCAGGUUGUGUUUCUGUAAUUUAAAAAUUGCCAGGAGUUAUAUCUGAUUAUGCUCCUUAAAUUGAAUAUGGAUUUCCAUUAAAUGAAUAUUUUGAAAUAUCUGAACUUGGUGAAGGUGAGAUAUUUGGAGAUUUUGCUAUGCUCAAAUAAGAGAAAUCUAAAUAUACAUACAUGACAGCUAUUGAAUCUGAAAUUAUUACACUUAGUUUAUUUGAUAUUAAAAAAAUAGUACCUUCAGAUUUGUUAGAUUAAUAUAUAGUUAAAUUAUAAACAUAUCCAGAACCAUCAGAAUUAAGAGAAAUGAUUAUUGAAAAAGAUUAAUGGGAAAAAUAUAAAAAAUAAUUGUUAAAUAGAGUUUAUAAAGAGAAAUAAACUCGAAAAGGAUUUAAUGAAGGUUUACGUUUACCUACUUUGAAUGAUUCAUACAUACAACCACCAAAUAGACAUAAUAUUAAGGCCUUGUAUACAUUUCCUCUUAAUUAGUGUCAUUAAUGAUAAAAGAUAAAGACUUACUCCAGUAGAGAAAAGACUGUUCUUUAAUGAAAUGAAUUACAUUCGUUAAUCUGUUUCAAAUGAAAGACUUAAAAAGUUCCUUAAAAAUUACUAAUGA